GGAAAACCGAUUUGUCCAUAUCGGCAAGCCCGUCGUGUCGUCGGUCCCGCGUCCAAAACCUUCUUGCCGGUGCUCCGGUAGCCGCGCACGAUGCUCCGCCGCGUGCCCCACUCUCUCCGCUGCGCCCUCGUCUCCUCCGCCUCCACACACCACGGCGGGGCACAAACCCCGAACCCCAGCCACUCGCCUCCGCAGGCCCUCCUUCCCCAAUGGCGCCGUUACGCCUCCAUUGCUUCCUCCUCCUCGGCCCCUCCGCAGCCUCCUCCUCCUCCACCUCCAUCGCCGCCUCGGGGUCCGUCGCGGCCGGGCGGAGGCGGUCCCAGCGUCUCGUCUCUGAACCCCGCCGAGGUCGCCAAGUUCGCCGCUAUCGCCGAGACCUGGUGGGAUUCAAAUGGUCCUUUCAAGCCUUUGCAUUUGAUGAAUCCAACCCGACUGUCUUUUAUCCGCUCCACUCUUUGUAGGCAUUUCAGGAGGGAUCCAUAUUCAUCUAAGCCACUCGAAGGUCUCAAAGUUAUUGAUGUUGGAUGUGGAGGUGGUAUUCUGUCAGAGUCUCUUGCUCGGAUGGGAGCUACAGUUACCGCUAUUGAUGCUGUUGACAAGAAUAUAAAGAUCGCAAGUAUUCACGCGGCAUCUGAUCCGACAACUGCUUCCAUUGAGUAUUGCUGCACGACAGCUGAGGAAUUGGUAAAAGAGAAAAGGAUGUUUGAUGCUGUAAUUUCUCUUGAGGUGAUUGAGCAUGUCGCUAAUCCUUUAGAGUUCUGCCAGUCUCUCUCGGCUUUGGCAGUUCCUAAUGGUGCCACUGUGGUUUCCACAAUCAACCGGUCAAUGAGAGCAUAUGCCACUGCAAUAGUUGCUGCUGAGUAUAUCCUCAGAUGGCUUCCUAAAGGCACACAUGAGUGGUCCAAACUGGUCACCCCCGAGGAGCUUGCCCUAAUGCUGCAAAAGGCUUCAGUCUCUGUCGAAGAGAUGGCCGGGUUUGUUUACAAUCCAUUGAGUGGAGAUUGGUCCCUGUCAGAUGAUAUCAGUGUGAACUAUAUUGUUUUUGGCGUCAAGAAAAGCGGAACACCGUCAACAGAUGGUGCAGAAGCAAGGUUACCAUAGUUUAUACAAUGAUGUUACUGCUGCGGUGGCGGUGGCCUGCGGAGGCAACCAAAUAGCAGAAGAUUUUUUUUCCAUAUCGUUUUCUGUUUUGCCUCGGAUUGGGGGGGGGGGGGGGAUGGCUGGAGAUGAAGCCCUGUGAGAAUUUGACAAAAGACAAGUCGCUGACAUGUACUAGACCUAGCUCUGUUCUUGUAAAUCGAUCACGUUUCUGGUCUUGAAAUAUAGGAGUUAGAUUCUGAAUA